CCGAUAGCUCCGGCGAAACCGUAAACAAGUUACAUUCUGACGUCUGAGCUCACAUGCAAAGCAGGAAGACUUUUUUUUAUUUUCCCCCUCGUCCCCGCCCACUUUGAGAUAUUCGGCCUAAAUAUGACGAUACUGUAGGCGGCUGCAGGUAAGAAAGGCGGGCGGAGAUGUGUCCAUAUGUGUGAGGAGAUAGUGAGCAGGUAAGUCCCUUCAUGACAGAGACUACUUUAGUCGCAUUCAGUACUCUGCAGGGACAGUUCUAGACCUACUGUUGCUGAAGGAGACGAGUCGUCCCACCAUGGAAACACAGACCGAAACACAAAGGCCCAAUAACGGCCAAUUGAUUUUUGUGCCUCACAAGGAUACAAUCCGUCUGCUGGAGGUGUACGUCAAGCGCAGCCUCAGCGUAAAUGACGGGACACUGGGGCAUAAGAGGGCUGGGCGGAAAGAGAAGUGGGUGACAAUGCCAAGAAAGCUAAGACGACAUUCCAGCGACCCUUCCCUUCACUUGACCGAUGGAUUAAACGACAACAAAAUUGGUACAUUUUCUGCGGUCGAACUUCCCGCAGCUCCGCCUGAGAAACGUCCUGAGGAAGCAGAGAAACUCGCCAAAAAGUCAAAGAAGAACAAGAAGCCCUCAAACAACAACAACAUUUGUACACUUUCUGCGGUCGAACUUCCCGCAGCUCCGCCUGAGAAACGUCCCGAGGAAGCAGAGAAAUCCACCAAAAAGUCAAAGAAGAACAAGAAGCCCUCACUUUGGAAAAGUUUCCUUGGUAUUUUCUCUCGGAAGAGUGACGAGGAGAUAGAUGAAGAGCUGGACGGUCCAUUAGAGAUGGCCAAGGCCACCUCAGCAGAAGACACUGUGGUAACCUGCCUGCCCAUAUCUCCAGACCUUUCACCAAGAAUAAAGCCCAUGAGGAAAAAAUCCAUAAAAAGAAGGUUCUCCAAAAGGGGGUUAUCUUUUACAAAACCAAAUAAACCUGGUAAAGAUCUCCACCCUGCUGACAUCACUCGAGUUGAAGCUGUCGUCAGCGUGGAACCAACAGAAUAUUACUAUGAGAAGGUGUCAGAGGAACUGGAAAAAAUUGUUCACGAGGUGCAAGGAAAAGAGGAAGUUCAACCUCUCUCUAAUGAGGAAGUUAUCGACAGGAUCAUUAAUUUAACAAAGGAGGAGGGUGACGCCAUAGAUAUCAAGCUGAAAGACAACCCCACCCUGAACAGCUUCUUUCAAGGGAUGUCAUACUCUUCAUUCCAGAAGUUGGCUGAUGCGUAUCUGGAGACAGAAGCAUCGCCGACCCACAAUCCUCCCACUGUCCUACCGACAGCGCCCGAGCUGGUCAAGUUGGCCUUUACGCUGGACUUUACUGCCAGGAUUGCCGGGCUCUCCAAACAGAAUAUAGGUCACAUCACUGGCCUGGGGCACCGUUAUCUACAGGACCGAUUUAAAUACCAACAGGCAUGUACAAAUCAUCCAGGGUCCAACAGUGAUGUCUGAGAACCAGCCAUUCAAAAACAAGCCAUUUUUCAAGCCGUUGCUGCAAGUGAAGCAUUCAACUUUUUCUCAGGAUGUUUUGCAAGCAUGAAUUUCCCCUUUUGAGAUCACAGUGGGGUAACUCACACAACAAGUUUUAAGCUUGUAAACGAGAAAUUGUUGGCAUUAACAUUUGAGUGUGCACUUCUCAAAGUGUUGACUCAUGUCCUUCACAUGUAAGAUCACAGUCCUUAAACAUGACGCAAUAUUUUUGACUCACAAAUAGCUGAUUCUACAAUGACACUAAUCAUGUGAUGUUUUUUUCUUUGUUACAAAUCCACCAUUGAAUUCUAUACUUCCUGUAUAUUGUUUUGUAAUUAUACGAAGGAGCAAUGCAAUAACUAACUAACAAUAACUAUAAGCUAUAAGACACCACUGUGCAAUAUAUAUAUAUAUAUAUAUUUUAUAUAUUUCUAGGAUUUUAAAAUGUCAAGCUUUAUUUAAUAGAAGCUAAUUGAAAUGUGACAUGAACGCUGGCGUUCAUAUUACAUGUUUGAAAGAUGAUUUAAUGCUCAAAUUAAAUUUGUUUUUUUGUAUUUAUGACACCGUAUAUUUCUGUCAAGCUUUACUCUUUGGUAAUUGAACUUAUGUCUCUUGAACUGUGUAACUCUUUGCAAUAAAUAGAGCAAUGCAAAAUCAAGGCUUGCUGAAACAGGCCCGCUAAUGGCA